AUGGCAUCUGCUGAUCUGAGAGAGGAGCUGACCUGCUCCGUCUGCCUGAACAUUUAUAGAGAUCCCGUAACCCUGCCAUGUGGACAUAGCUUCUGCCAGGACUGCAUUGAGAAUGUGCUGGACACACAGGGGGCAAGAGAAUAUUCCUGUCCUGAAUGCAGACAAUUAUUUAAUUCAAGACCGGACCUGCAAAGAGCACUAAGCUUGGCUAACAUGGUGAAAGGUUUCCUAUCUACUCACCCAGGACAGGAGGUGGUUGGGAUGCCCUGUACUCACUCUGCUGUACCUGCAGGAGAACAUGUCCUAACUGAACCCACCAUUUCACUCGGGAACAGAAAAUGCUCCAUCCACAAGAAGGUCCUGGAAUAUUACUGCUCUGAGGAUGCCUCUUGUAUUUUUGUGUCCUGCAGGCUAGCCGGAGAGCACACAGAACACCAGGUGGAGACUCUGAAUGUGGCCUCUGAGAAGAAGGAGACAUUGAGAAAUAUUCUAGAGAUACUAAUCUUAAGGAGAGAGGAGGCUGAAAAAAGAAUCCAGAGCCUGUCGGAGCUCAAACGUGAAGUGCAAGAAAAAGCAUCUGGGGUAACAGAGGAAGUAAUUGCCCUGAUUAGGGGCAUCAGGGAAUGGCUGAAAGCCUUAGAGACAGAGAGAGAUUAUAUAAAGGUCUGGUCUGUAGGGGAUCUGGGUUCGAUCUCAGUGACCUUACACUCAGGCUUAGUUGGGAUUGUGACCGUAGUAAAGAGACAGCGCCAUGUAUCAGCUUAUAUAAUACUGGGUGUAGGAUUAGCUUCAGAUAUGUUGCUAGAUGUAAACACGGCUGGUAAUAAUGUCACCGUAUCAGGUGACAUGAAAACUGUAUCCUGGUCAGACAUAAACCAGAGUCGUCCAGAAACACCAGAGAGAUUUCAGUUUAACCAGAUUUUAAGCUCCAGGAGUUUCUCCUCAGGGCGACAUUACUGGGAGGUGAAUGGCAGUAAAUCAGGGUGGUGGAGUGUAGGGGUGACAUAUCCCAGUAUAGACAGGAAAGGAGUUUAUUCAGUAAUUGGAUGUAACAACAAGUCCUGGUGUAUGUACAGGGGGGAUAAUAAUCUGUAUCAUAUGAUACACGACAGUAACAUAAUCAAGUUAACUCCCAGCGCAUCCAGCCAAAGAUUAGGUUUAUACCUGGACUAUGAGGCUGGGCGGCUGUCCUUUUAUGAGUUCCGUGACCCGAUCAUACACUUACACACGUUCACUGCCACCUUCACUGAGCCGCUUCAUGCUAUAUUCAGGGUGUAUGGGGAUAAUGCAAAGCUGAGAAUUUCAUGUACUGAACAAUGUAUUAAACUUAAUUAA